AUGCAGAAAGAUAUGGAAUCGUGGAUUGAAGAGAUUCGAGAGAUGUUUCGAACCUUGGAUUGGGGAGAGGAAAGCCCUUCACCGUAUGACACAGCAUGGAUUUGUCUUAUACCAGCUGUUGACGGAAGCGAAGGCCCUCAGUUUCCAAAGAGCCUGCAGUGGAUAGUAGAAAACCAGUUCGAGGAUGGGUCUUGGGGACUUCCAGACUUUUUCAGAGUCUCCAACAAUGUACUCAACACAUUAGCCUGCCUCAUCGCUCUAAAGAAGUGGAACAUUGCCCCGGACUCGAUAAUAAGAGGUGAAAACUUUCUGCGGAAGAACAUGGACCAAAUGGAAGAUGAUCCAGAAAGGACUUGUGGUUUCGAGCUUGCCUUUACCGCACUUAUAGACGAUGCAAAGCAGCUGGAUCUGGACCUUCCUUACCAUCUAGAAUUCAUCGAGCAAAUGAGAGCAACAAAGGCGAAGAAACUCCAGAAACUUCCCCUCGAUGUCGUGCACAAAAUCAAAACAACGGUAUUAUACUCUUUAGAGGGAGUUCAAGACAUCGUCGACUGGGAACAGAUCCAAAACCUGCAGUCGGAAAACGGAAGCUUCUUGGAAUCCGUUGCAUCUACUGCGUGUGCUUACCUGCGCACUGGAAAUAAGAGAUGCCUUGAGUUUCUGACAGCGGUAUUGGCGAAAAACAACGAUACAGCUCUGACGAUUUAUCCCGUCGACAUUUUUGAGCCAUGUUGGAUGGUCGACAGACUUCAGCGCCUCGGACUCGCCCGAUACUUCGAAUCUGAAAUCGACGCCUGUAUGCAAUUCGUUUACAAACAAUUCAGCCAGGAGAAUGGACGUGUAGGGUGGGUGGCAGCUAAAGGCGCUUACACUGACAUGGAUGACACGGCCAUGGCCUUUCGCCUGCUGCGUCUGCAUGGCUUCGACGUGAACUCGACCGACAGUUUCGAGUGGUAUAGAACUCCAGAGGGAGGGUGGUGCUGUUUGCCAGGCGAGUUGAGCUUAGGUACGACCAACCUUUUCAGCUUCUUCAGAGCAUGUGAAACCGGCUUCCCGGAGGAGGCGGACCUGAUCGAGGGGCUUGCAUGGACAAGGAAGCUUCUUCUGGACAGGUUCAAGAAGAACGACUUGAGGGAUAAGUACGUCAUAUCCAAGACCUUGGCUUCAGAGGUUGUCACUGCGCUUGCGAAUCCUUGGUCGCAAACAAUGCCUCGUAUGGAACACAGAGCGUAUAUCGAUAAUUACGGAACGGACGACGUAUGGAUUGGCAAGGUUCUCUAUAGAUUGCCUAAAAUUAACAACACCACCUUUCUGAAGUUAGCCAAAGCGGACUUCAACAUGUGCCAGAAGAAACACCAGGAAGAACUGAAGGGUCUGCUGAGAUGGAAUCGAGAACUCGUGUUCAAAAGCGAACGCUGUGCAGACGACAAGACCUUGAUUAUCUGCUUUUUCGCUGGAGCUGGUUGUCUUCCGGCUCCGCAACUUAGUCUGGCCAGAAGAGCAUUCACGCAGCUGUGCCUCCUCACCGUUCUACUCGACGACUUUUUCGAUUCGACAGAAGAGUCCCUUGCCGCAAAGGCCCAGUUUUUUGCAGCUUGCAGAUCGAGGGAUCCGAAGCUGAUGGACGGAGCGGGCAGCAAUGCACAGCUUUUAUUUGAGUCCAUGUACGGUAUUCUCAGUGAUGUAAUUGUGGACGGCAGCUUCCUGCAAGGUCGGGACAUCAGUCAAGCAGUUUAUGACGCCUGGUUCAGGCUCGUGGAGUGCCAUUUGAAACAAGCCGAAUGGAAAGAUCCGAAUAUCCAACUCUCGCUGGAGGAGUACUUGGAGGUUGCAGGAGUUUCAAUAUCGAUGGAGGCGGUGGCAUCGGUUGUUCAGUACUUCCUCGGGGAGAACAUCACUGAGGAGAUGAGCCAGAGUCCACACACGAAGAGACUGACCAAGUUAAUGAAUACGAUCACGAGACAUACUAACGACAUGGCAACUUUCCAGAAAGAAAAACUCGAGAACACACAGAACCUUGUAUCCAUAUCCACACGAGAUGGUGCGACGCACUCGCAGGUCCUUGAAUCGUUUCGUAAGCUGGUGGACGACCAAAUGAGGCGGCUUGUGAAGGAGGUUUUGUGCCCUUCUGAGACUGACGGAGUGCUUCCCAAAGCCGCCAGGCAGUUCUACUUCGAUUUCGUCAGAGCAACUCUGUACUCUUACUCGGCAGACUUACUCCUUACUUCGGAGGUGUCUGAAAGAGAUGGCAUCGCUUUGCCCGCAUUCGAGUUACACGAUUUGGCCCGCAAGAUGCAAUUCGUCAAUCGCAUUUUAUUCGAACCCGUGCUCUAUUGA